AUGAGAGGGAUGGUCUGUGUUCUUAGACAGGCGACAGUGGUAGCCGGGCUGUGUCUAGCCCUUGCGACCUUGGGGGAUCCUGUCGAGGCUGUCACCUGCCGACAGGGACCUCUGGCCGCUUCGAAGUACUGUACUCUGCCAGAGGGCUUAGGAAACUUCCAGGGAUACUACCGAUGCGCAGACAGCGUGGCGUUAGGAAAGCCGACCAACAAGUCCGAACUGACCGAAAUUAUCGGACGCUACAAGCGCGUGAAGGGUGUUGGAGUGGGGCACAGGCAGGCCUACAGACCAUUGCCUUCCUGGUGGCAGCAGCAGUUCUGUGCAGGGGAUGGUGCUGAUGCAGUGGGCAUCGUCACUACAGAAAUGACCAACACACUACCACAGAUUGUGAAUCCAACGUAUGCAAAGCAAUCAGAUGCAGUCUUUCCCAUCCAAGUCAACGAGGAGGCCCGGACGGUCAGGGUGCAGUCAGGGAUUACUCAGCGCAUCCUUCUGGACUACCUGGCAAAUUACACGACCGCAAAGGCGCCAUAUGGGUAUGUGCUGCCGGCGUUUGCCUGGUAUGUGGACCAGACUGUGGGAGGGGCUGUCUCCACUGGAACCCACGGCUCCACCAUGUUCUGGGGCAGCCUGUCAUCCCAGGCGGUGAGGAUUGAGUUGGCGCUGGCGAAUGGCACUCUGCUGGUCCUGACGCCUGACAGCAACCCCCACCUGUGGAAGGCCGGCCAGCUGGCAGUGGGGCGGCUGGGUAUAAUCACAGAGAUCGACUUCAAGAUCGUGCCGCAGCGGCUGCUGACGCGCAAAGUGGUGCCCCAGACCUUUGACGCAUUCCUGGAAUGGACCCUGGCCGCCCAGGACCGCUACAAGGAAGCUGUCGCCGGCGGCUCAGAAGCCGCCAUUUCAGCCUCCCUCGCUGAGGUGGACAUGACGCAGCUCUUCUGGUUUGUGCCGCUCAACCAGACAAUCCUGAUCACCUACAACAGCUCGGACAUCCCCCGCCAAUUUGUGGGCGGAAAACAACCGGCCACCGCAAUGGGACCCUCUGUUAUGGCCCAGUCAACCACCGGCCGCCGCCUCCUGCAAAGCGAGCUCCCCUUCUGCAUAUCUUCACCUUACUAUCAUUAUCGCAAGAUGCAGCCUAAGGCCGGGAUCUUCAGAAACGCUGCCUUGAAGGGAGAGCUGUCCGAAGGGGUGUACGCCCAGGCACCUUCACCCACCCUGGGUCCCAAUAUUGCCAUCACCCAGAAUCCUGUGGCUUUCAAUUUCCUCUACAAGGCAGCCAUGAGCGGCAUUUUCCAGAACGGGACCCUGACAGAGAGACAGGCCAUCCUCAACGAGAAUGAGUUCAUCAACAAGCAGACUUCAGACACCGAUCCGUACGACCAGUACGAGGUGUCUGUGCCCCUGCAAAUUGCUGGCGACUGCCUCAAGAAGGCAAGCCCCCCAAUGUUCCCUGACAGCAUUCCAAUCGAACAACACCGGCAUGAUGACAGCUUCUGUGAGAAGCAUGAAACCCAUGAAGUCGGUGACGCGGUGAUCGCUGAGAACCUGGGGCCCGGAUUCGCGGUGCCGCCGCUGAUCCGAUUUGUGAACGGGGAGGAGGCGUACCUGGCCAACACCAACGGCGGGCCGCGCAUGUUCUUCAACAUCGAGGACCACCUCUCAAUGGUGAUGGGGAUAUUCCGGCAGGAGUGUGGCGCACGCAUGCACUGGGGCAAGGCUGGCUGGCCGCGCUGGGCCGCAUGCUUCGACGGCGCCAAAGAGUUCCCCGACACCUGGUGCAGCUUUGGCUGCGCUGUCAGGGAGCUGGACCCGACCGGCAAGUUCCGCUCGAUGAGUGAUGUGUGGACAUGGAACGCCGCCGACCGGAAUGGCACUACUGUCCCCCUGGAUGACUGCUGCACUCCUGAUGGAUUCAAGGCCGAGUGCACCUGCAUGCACCGGCCCCCAUGCAGCGCCUGA